AUGCGUUCCUACAACACAAAUUAUUCAAAAGAUUGUACAAAUUUUAAAGCUUUUAAACCAACACAACGAGUGAAGAAGGAAAAACGUAUUUUAAGAUUUCCUAGCUCCAGAUCGAGAAAAACUCUGUCCUUGAUGACAUCAGAACGCACCGACCUGUUGAUGAAACUAUUCUCAACACCGCCCUGGGGAAGGGUGAAACACACACGCUAUCGAGGUCUCCGAGACACGAUUUCACAGCUCCUACAAAACCAGCUUAAAAUACUGCGCAGAACGCGAUUUAGAAGUCGCUACCUUUCCCCUUGCUGGUUUUACUUCCCGGCAGCGAAGGAGCUCAUCGCGUGUCCGCGCGGAAGAGACGGGCCCGGGGCAGCGCCCCCCGCCCCCCCCCCGGGCGGGGGCGGCCGCCGCCCGCCCCACCGGCGCUGCCUCUGCCACCAGCGCCGGACCGUCUGCCUCCGCACACCCCACGUCACCUGCCGGGCGGCCUCCAACGUGCUGGUAAAAACCAUCAGCUUCAUGAAAAACCUCCCUUCCUUCCACCUGCUGCCGCGAGAGGAUCAGCUCCUGCUGCUGGACAGCUGCUGGGUUCCCCUCUUCCUCCUGGGGCUGGUCCAGGAGAUGGUGACCUUCGAGGUGAUGGAGACCCCGGCCCCCAGCAUGCUCAAGAAGAUCCUCCUCGACGGCCAAAGCAAACAUCGGGAGCCCGAGCGGACGCAGCCCACGCUGGCCGCCGUGCAGCGCCUCCAGCCCGAAGAGCGCGCUCCGGCCGUAAAACACCACAUCGCCUCCAUCGCUCGCACGCUCACACGGAAGCUUGCGUACCCGGCCGCACAGCUGCCUUUACAUGCCACCUCAGGGUCAUGUGGAACAACAACAGUAUGUGCUUUACGCGUGUCACACCUCGUUCUUUUCCAGACGCUUGCAGACUGA